GCCAGGAAUUCUUUGUCUAUUAGAGGUGGUCCGAGCGGUUUGGCUUGCCGAUCUUAGUACUUAUAUUAUUCCGAGCCAGGAUAGCACCAUUAGGGAGUCCGUGGUGGCCUAGAUAGAAUAUGGUGUGCUGCAGGGAUAUGCUGAGCCUGCCCAUGAGGGCAGGCUCUGGGAUAUCCCAAGGGCGCCCGGGUUUGGUCUCACAACAUUCUGCUAAGUUCACAUUUCAGUUUGUUGCGAUCCUGCGUCCUUUUACUCUGUUGACCGCGAUCUUGUUCUGGUAGGGAUAGUCUUAUUGACAGCAGCCGCUGCGACUGGCAAUACCAUUUACCUGUAUAGUAUGGCGGGAAAUGGCGAAAAAGCUAUCCAGGCGACAGACCCUGAUAUCCAGCCAAUUUCCAAUGAAGAGGCAUUAGGGGGUAGUAAUGAACCAAUGGAUUUCCGGCCGUGGCAGCAGCUGCCCGUGUUUUUUGCGAUGGGGCUUGGGAUUUUUAUUUUAGGGCUUGACAAUACCAUCGUGGGCACAGCAACUCCCACCUUGACCAAUGAAUUCCAUUCAUUGACCGAUAUUGGAUGGUAUGGCUCAGCAUACCGACUUACAACAUGUUCAACGCAGUUUCUUUUUGGAAAGCUAUACGAGCAAUUCCGGGUAAAAUGGGUUCUUGUUAUGGCGGUGGCCGUCCUUGAAAUCGGGUCCAUUGUGUCUGCCUCAGCGCCGAGUUCAGCUGCAUUCAUCGUCGGAAGGGCCAUCGCGGGCUGUGGCUCCUCUGGGAUCCUUAACGGGGUUUUAAUCGCAAUUUCCCAUACAGUUCCGCUUCGCUGGAGGCCGAUAUGCAAUAGUACCGUCGGAGGCCUCGAGUGUAUUGCAAUGAUCGUCGCACCAGUGAUUGGAGGUGCUCUUACAACCUACGUCACAUGGCGAUGGUGUUUCUGGCUCAACCUCCCUGUGGGUGGAUUCACAAUGGUUGUGAUUAUCUUCCUCUUCAAGAAUCCGGAGAAUCAAAAAGUUACCGACGAGCCAUUCUUAACCAAAAUCAAGCAGCUCAACAUUAUGAGUCUUCUCAUAUUCACUGGAAGCGUUGUUUGUCUCCUGCUAGCGCUCCAAUGGGGUGGCACUACGUACAGUUGGGGCAGCGGUAGAGUCAUUGCUGUCCUGGUAGUCGCCGCAGUAUCAUUUGGAGGUUUCGUUGUUUUCGAGGUGCUGAAAAAAGAUGACGCUACAAUUCCUCGAUCUGUGAUACUCAACAGAACUGCCGGUCUAUGCUUAAUCUACGCCUUCUGUUCAUCGGCGGCCUUCAACGUCAUCGAUUACUUUCUGCCCAUCUGGUUUCAAGCGAUCAAGGGUGCCACAGCAGCCAAAUCCGGGCAAAUGCUUCUUCCUUCCAUUAUUGGCCUUUCCAUUGCCGCAAUCAGCUCCGGCUUCAUCGUCUCUGCCAUUGGAUAUUACAUACCUCUCAUGUUGCUGGGUUCCACAAUGAUGGCCAUUGGAUUCGGGUUCCUAACAAGGUUCACCCCAAAGACCACAGAUUCUGCCUGGGUCGGAUGGCAGGUCAUGUUUAGUAUCGGCAUCGGGCUGGCAUUCCCCCAACCUUGGUCGGCAAUUCAGACUGCGCUUGACGCCAAGGAUAUCCCCGUUGGUAUGGCGGCGGUUGGCUUUUCCAUUAGUAUCGGUGCCGCAAUUUCUAUUUCCGUGUCGCAAAAUAUUUUCACAAACCUCCUUCGAGAGGGCUUGUCCAGUGUCCCUAGUCUAGACGUUGGCAGCGUCAUAGAGCAGGGAGCGACGGGCUUUCUGAAGAAUGUACCUGCAUCAGAGAAGGAACGGGUGAUUGCGAUCUACAACUCGGCUGUCACAAGAGCUUUCUGGGCCGGUGUCGCUGCGGCCUGCGUGGGGAUGGUGGCUGCACUCUGGAUGAAAUGGAAUUCUGUGAGAGGGGCCAAGAAGGAAGGCACGGUGGAGGAGUAAAUAAGAUGUUUUGAUGCUUUACCAUGAGAUACCUACGGAGGACAUACUAAGUAAAAGGAUCUAAUCUUUUUGGAAAAUCC